AUGUGGGGAUUCCGUGCAAUCAUUAAUAAAACUGUUUCUUUAGAACAAACAUUUUGUCAACAAACCAGAAACACAUUUGUCUUAAGGAGGCGAUGGGCACCACCAUUACACAAGAAAGGUGGAAAGGUAUCAAAACUAAAAUCCAAACACUUUGUAUAUGAUUUAGUUGAAGAUAGCAAUCUUGCGAAGAAGCCGGAUUUAAAAGUAGUUUUAAAUCAGUUUGUUGAUGGUGUUGGUAAUACUGGAGACAUUCUUUCACUACGCCCAAAUAUUGCAUACAAAGAAUUCUUGUUACCUGGGCUUGCAGUGUAUGCAACUCCUGAGAACAUGCAAAAGUAUAAACCUGAAGAAAAUAAAAUAAAGGAAACAACUGAAUACAGCUCUCCAUAUGUUCAGAGGACAAUGGGUUGCUUAUCACGAAUUGUUCUACAAAUCACAAUGAGCAAAACUACACCCUGGAAGCUAGAACCUUGGCAUAUAAGAACAUCAUUUCGAAAGGCUGGCUUUGUUGUACCUGAGGAUGCUAUUACAAUGCCGAGUAAAGAAAUCACAGGACCAGAUCUAUCGCUACAAGAGAAAGAGUUUUAUAUUACAGUCAAGAUUAAUAAUAAAGAAGAAGUAAAUGUAAGAUGCCGUAUCCACCACUGGGCUACGGGCCUGGAAAGAUUACCAUGGGAUGAAUUUCAUUGGAAAAAGCCAUUGGAGCCUCUCUUUCCAGAACAAGCAGAAAUUUUAGAGAAAAUACCUUUACCAAAUUAG